UCUGCCUAAAUUCAAAGCGCAACAUAAGACUCUACUCAAAUCAGCACUGAGACUCUGAGAGAGAGAGAGAGAGAGAGAGAUGGGAGAGGACAUUAUCAUGGUAGAAGAAGAGGAAAUAGCAGCAGCAGCUGUUAAUGCCGCCGAAGAAGUAGUAGUAGAAGAAGAAGAUGAUGAUGAUGAUGAUGACGGUCCUCCGCCUGGAUUCCAGUGCAUUCUCACUCUUCAGCCGCCGGAUUACGACGAUGAAGAGGAAGAGGAUGGACCGCCGCCUGGAUUCGACUUCGUCGCCCCCAAACCCCCUCAAUUACUUCCUUCUUCUGAUAUGACAAGCAGCAAACAAGACAACAUGGAUGAAGAUGAUGGUGAUGAUGAUGAUGAUGAUGAUGAUGAUGUUGAUGAUGAUGGGCCACCACCUGGAUGGGAGUUUAGUAAACUUGUAAAUGCAUUGGAAAACACAACACCAAGCCCAACAGAUGUAAAGGAGGAGAGCAAUGAAGACUUAGAUGAAGGUCCACCACCUGGAUGGGAGUCAGUGCUGCUGUGUCAGAUGCCACAACCACAAACACCACCACUCCAUCCGCCAUCAACUGUGUCUUCCAAUUGUGAGAUGGGAAGCAAACCAAAAAUUACAGAAAUGGAUGAUGAAAUACAUCAAUCAGAAUUAGAAAAGAUGCCCACGCCAGGGAAGUCUUCACCAGCUACACCUCCAACACAGCAGCUGCUGUUAUCCGAACAGCCUUCUGAUGCAGUAAAAAAAGAAGAAAAUAAGAAUGAUGAGAAGAGACCAACACCUAUGCCACAGCCUGCAUCUCCUCUUCAACAGCUUCAGUCAAAGCCACACUCAUUGACGCCAGUGCCUAAAUCAUCAUCUUCUGCAGAGAAAGCACAGCUAGUUUGUGGUACAUGCCGAAAAUUGUGUCUGUAUCCGCAAGGAGCAAAGUGGAUUAGAUGCCCAGGAUGCCAGGAAGUCAAUUUCGUCCUAGCAGCCCAUGAAGUUGGACAAGUAAAUUGCGGAGGCUGUGCAGUGCUCCUUAUGUAUCCACAUGGAGCACCAGCAGUUCAAUGCUCUUCCUGCCGUUUUGUGACUGAAAUCGGGGCACACAAUAGGCGGCCUCCUCUUUCCAUUCAGCAGGCGCAAGCUCGAGAUCAGAGAAGGCGACGUCGUUCCACCGGAGUCCGGUAGCCUUUAGAGUACAAUCUUGAAUUGUUAAUCACGCAUACUAAUUUUAUUGUAUAUCUUAGAGCUAUUAGUUUCCUUCCAUUUCUUCUAUCAAUUUGGCGUAAUAUGCUAAAAGCUUCAAAACUUUUCAUCAGUUCAUUAUUAGUGUCUCAUUUCGUAUUUCA